GGUUGAAAAAAAGGCGAACAUAAUAGAUUAUAUUUAUUAUUUCACGCGGGCGAAGUCGCGAGCAACAGCUAGUGGUAAAUAUGUAGAAAGCCUUACAUAUCACUGACAUCGACAUCAAAGUAAUAACAAUUGUACAAUAUAGACAUAACAGCUACAAUAAGGGAGGUUUACUAUUUUCAUGGAAUUAUUUCGUUACUUUUUAGUGUAUUACUUUUUUGAGAAUAUUUUGUUUUUAGUGUAUUUUGUCUUAAAGGAGGCUUUCGUCGCAGUUCAGUGCAAUUAAUCUACAUGUUGUUAACUACGUUAUGGUUAAAUUAACUAGCUCAUUAACUGCCGCCAAUCAGAAGUUAAUCAACCCAGUUUUUGUAUAUAAACCAACACUGACAUAACCGCAGAUACACUCGCAAAAUGCAACACAUACUGGUGCUGAGUGUCAUCGUUCUCCAUCAUGUCGACUCAUAUUCUUGUCGCACGGUCGCCAAACUUCUCCAACAACCGCUAGAGGGCGAUACCGAUGUCACAGAAUAUACCCAACUGAAGCAACGCGACCGAGAUAUCACCAGCAUAAUAAAACAAUUAUUAGACAGUUCAUCAGAAAUAAACAGCGAACAUCAUAAAGGCCUCGCAAAGUUAACAAUAGAACCAUAUAACAAAAAUAAAAAUAAAACUGCAUGGUCAGGAAAAGAUCCAUUGCAUUGGUUUGAUAAUAAUAAAAAAACAGUCGCACCGCUGGCAAUAAUUGUGACUAACCUGCCAGAAAUCACUAAAAUAGAAGACAGAGAUAAAUAUAAAGAAAGCAAAUAUUUUAUACAGAAUACAGAUGAAGUGAUAUCUAAUGAUUCUAACCAAGAGGUAAGAGGUAAUUCAAAAGAAACAUUCGAUAGAGAUAUGCAUCCAAACGCGAAACAUAAUUUAACAGAAGAUCUAAAUAAUAAUGAAUUAAUUGAGAACAGUGAUAUAGUAGAUCUCGACUUUUCCGGUGAAAGUAUGAAUAUAUCUAAUUAUUUAAAUAAACAAAAUAAUUCAGCGAAUACUGAUAUCGCUUGGGAAAGUCAAGAUUUUGAUGAGUUGGUAAAUAAAGAUGGAUCUAACGAAAAGAUAUACAAAUCUAUAGAAAUUGAAGAUAAAACAAAUGAUUUUAAGUCAGACAAUAAGGAGACAAUUGACACAUUUGAAGAUAAAUUAGUAGACAAUACAUUAAAGGUAGAUUUUCCAGACAACACUAUAAACAAACAAGAAGAUAAAACAGUAAAUGAAGACCAAGAAAAUUUAAUCAAUCUCUUAUUAGACAAUGAUUUGGAUAUUGUGGAAUAUCAUAAUAAUGACGUAACGAAUGAUCAUCCUUUAAAUGGUUCUAAAAUUAAUUUGAAAUUUGGACAUUCCACCGACGACAGUAAAAUAAAAACUUAUAAAGGUGACGAACGUAAAUGUAGGGAUCAUCACGGACACAAAACUCCAAUAUAUAAUUUAUCUUUUUUAUUCAAUAGAUAAAUCUGUAAAAUUCACACAAUCUAGAUAAUAUCCAUUUUAAUCAUAUUGUAAAGCAAAUAAAAACAUCACUACGCGAUAAGUGUUGUAAAACAAUAAAUAAAAAUACAUCAAAGCAUACAAACGUGUUUAUCUUGAAAGCAAUUUUCAUCCUUGUCUAUACAUAUGAAUUAACUAGCUAUUCCCAUGCGGCUUCAUCCGCAUGAAAUUAUGAAAAUUUUGUGUUAUUGUUUACAUUUGUCAAAUUAUCAAUAGCAAAUGUCAAACUGACUUGACAUAAACCUCGGCAAUCUUGCUUUAAUGUUGGC